AUGGGCUCGGAUAUAUAGUUCGUAGGCGGACUCUUAUUAAGGAACUCUCCAAUCAAUUUCAAAGAUUUACUUGAUUUAGUCUAGAAGAGGUCUCAAAAUGCCAACUUCACUAAUGUAGAUCUGAGGAAUAUCCUAUCAAUAAUAACUAAACACAAUCUAUUAAUUGUGACCCAGUCAGAAUUCGACAAGGUAACUUAUUUUGGAAUAGAUGAAAAGGAGUGCUUACUCAGACUGAGCAUUCCCAGAUAUAUUACUCAGUGCCGUUAAAAGCACGGAGAGUUGCCAGCUUAGAUACUAGAAGAGAUAUUCAUCAACGGUAGUUUAAUGAAGUCAGAAAUACUACCGAUUAUCACUGAGAAGUCAGCUUUUAGAAUCACUGAAGCUGAGAUACUCAGAGCAAUUGAAGAACUGACCAUAAUAAAUUUAAUUAUUGGAGCUAAGAGCUAUAAUCUUAUGGAAUAGCACUUUGUUGGAGAUUCAAAAAGUAAGGGAGGCAGGCCUAAGAAAAUGACUAAAAAGCAAAUCAAGGAAGAAGAGGAUAAGUUCAAUGAACAUGAUUUGGCUAUGUAGUAGCAAGCUCAGCUUAUGGAAUAUCCACUGAGAAUCAACACUAUGAGGUUCCUAGCUGAAGAGAGAAGGUAGAGUGUGAUUGAGAUGGCUAAGUAAAAGUUUGGAGGAUGCUCAGGAUCUAACAGUGGAACAACCGGAGGUUAUAACAAUGAAAGUGAGCUUGACUUCAAGGUGUUCCUUGUAAUGGCUUUGAAGUUCCAAAGCGUUCAAUAGCUAUUGACAAAAGAUGAACUAACAUACCAAAGAGAAUAGAUAAGCUUCAAUGCCAAUGAUGUCUAGUAAUUGCUUCAAGAAAAAGAGAAUAAAGCCUAUAAUGAAAAGGAGAUCAAUAGUUCACUAGAUAGACUUUUUUAAAAUGCCGACCAGUAUCUAUUAAAGAUAAACUUUGAUCACAAAAAGUAGAUGGCUGUUUACACUGUGAACUGGCGUCACAUCUUUGAAAACUUCAAAAUUCAGUUGCUUUAUCAGAUAGUUGAGGAAACAAUGUCCAAGUAUCAUGCAAGAGUGCUCAGAAUUCUCAGCAUGAAGGGCUUCCUUGAGGAGAAGGACAUCACUUAAAUGUGUCUUUUGCCCUUAAAAGAUACUAGAUCACUCAUUAACCAACUGAUAAAUGAGGGUUAUAUACAAUUCUAGGAAUUGCAAGUUAAGCAGUCUGGCUAAGUCAUUUUAUACGGUAUUAACCCCUAAUCUUGGCAAAAGGGUGUUGCUCUCAAAGUAGCGAAGUGUAAUUUAAACUUGCUAUUGAAAGAAAAGUCUUUAAAUUUGAGAAGCUAUUGUGCUCUUGAACUUAAUCAUCUUUACUUUUGA